UAUACUGUACACCUAAACGCACGGUGUAGAAAAGUAAUAUUUGAACGUUUUCAUCUGACAGCGGCAGCCACUUCUCACCGACGAAUUCUCCACGUGUUCAUAUGAAAAAAAAGUACCAGACUUUACCCCACCCACCCACCGCUUCAUCAUCAUCACCACCACCACCAUCAUAACAAGAACCCGACGGUGCCUCCACCGCCACCACCGUCAACUCCACAGAACCAUGUACAGCUGGCUCGCAGACAACGCAACAUCUCCCUCUUGGCAACUACAACAGCAUCAGCAGCAGCACCAGCAGGAUACCGACGACGCGAGCCCAUGCCGCACGCGGGACCCGCGACGGCUUCUCGUGCUCACGGUGGCACUCUGCGCACCGCUCAGCGCGCUCAUCCUCCUCGGCAACUUGGUGACGGUGGUCGGCAUCGCCGCGUCCCUCCGUCGCUCACGCGCUUCGCCGGCUCCCAGCUCCCUGCUCCUGCUGAGCCUGGCCGUGGCCGAUGUGAUGCUCGGCGGCACCCUGUCCACGUUUCCCCGCAUGGGUGUCGGUCGCAGCGAGCGCACGCUGUGCGUGCUGCAGCAGCUGCUGCCCAACUUCGCGGCGCUCUCCCUGCUCGCGAACCUCGUGGCGGUGCACGCCGAGAGGUUCCUGAGCGUGGCGUGGUCGUUCCGCCACGGCGACUCGCGCAUCCGCAGGCUCUGCCCACUGCUGAUCGUCGCGGCUUGGGUGGUGCCACUAACGUACGCUUCUCUCCCGGCCCUGGGCUGGAACAACUGGCCACCCGGGAAUGGCAGCGAGCACAUAUGCUGCUUCAAGCUUCACUUUCCGCCCGCUUACAUCUACCUGGAGAUAUACGGGCUCAUUGUGCCUGGCGUGCUGGCUAUGGCGGUCCUGUCGGCCCGGGUCCUGUGCAUCGCCCGGCACCAUGUCCGCAACAUCGGCCGCCUGCAGCGCUCGGCCAACGCGGGACGGCUGCCCGAGGGCGCGCGGCGUGCGCGGGCGCGGCAGAUACGCAGCCUCUUGUUGUCCUCGACUGCGUUCUGCGCAUGCUGGCUGCCCUACCUGGUGUUCGUGCAGACUUCCUUCUUCAUGAGCCUGAGCACAAGGUCAGAGGUUCAAUUACAAAACGACAAUGGGAUUUUUUCCCCCUCGAGUUGUUAAUGUUGUGGGUUUACUCUCCAAGCACAACGGUGUGCUGAACUAGUAACGAAUUGGUAUGUUUUGUUUAUGUUACAAACCUUACUAAU